UUCCCUCGUUCACGCAAAUUUAUUUUCAAAAAUUUUAGUAGAUGUAUUUUUUCUUUUGGGCUUCGUUAUAACACGAAAUAGCAAGCAAGGCGCGGCAAAUUUCUCAGUUCGCUUGUACUCUGAAAAUUGAAAACACAGCGAGGAGUCGACGAGAUCGAAACAAUGGAGGGAAAAAAGGCGCAAACGAAGACCGAAGCUGCGACACGGCGACAAAUCGCGAUUCAAAGCAAAGUCGAACAUCUGCUUUCUCCGCUGAAAUCGUCGGCGAAUCGCUUCCUCAACCUUCAGAUGGAGGAGACGCUGAAGAAGGAGAUCGCGGAUCUGAAGAUACAAUUGGCGAGAGAGCGUCUGAACAACAAGAGGGUGAAGCUCUGCGGCUCGUUCGAGCUUCUUCUCCAGCUCGUGGUGCUGCUUUUUGUCUUCACCUUCUUUCUACUGCUCGUCUCUCGAUCUCUCUGAUGCCUUGAGUGGUUCUUAGUCUAAUUACAUAACUGAUUUUAGCUUGAAGGUGACUUGAAGAUUGUAGAUGUCUAUAAUCUGGUUUUCUGAAGCUUUGUUUUGUUGAAAUGAUCACGCGAAUUGGAAAUGGUUGCCUGUUGUUUUUGUUUCUCCUCACCCCUUUUCUCAAUUUCAAAACCGAAUUUCACCUCUGUACCUUUUGCGUAGCUUUUGAGUAAUGAGAACUUGUGCUUUCUAAUCUAUCGGUUUUGUCACGUUCUUUUUCCUUUUCGCCAUCUUGUAACUGUGUGAUUUGGAAGUUUUUG